AUUUUGCUUAAUGCAAUAUCCUGUUACAACACACAUGCUCAGGCACCAAGCGCACACACAUUUAUUCAAAUGCGGCUCCCACACAUUACGGCACAGUCCAGGAAUGAGGAGAGACUCAGUUCUGAUAGAAAAGAAUGUGUGGAGCGCUGGGGAGGUUUACAGUUAGAGCUAAAGACAGGGAGAACUGCUCUGUGUGUAUAAGGUGGGGUGGUUCAUGGUUGUAGUUAAUAAGUAACAGUCACUUAAGGUUCAAAGGUUCAGUCAUACUUGGAAACUGGGAAAACUUCCUCCGGUGGCAGUUAAAGGAAACACUUUCUUAUUUGAAUUUGUGUUAUUAUUACUAUUUUUGUGAAGUUGUAGAGAAUCUGAGAUGGGAAAGAAGCAGGCAGGUACAGGGCCAUUGUCGAGGCGUCCGGAUAACUCCGCAUUUAAACAGCAGAGGUUACCCGCCUGGUCUCCAUCUCUCACGGCACAGACCGUGCUGCCAACUUUCUACAUCCUCUCUCUCGUGUGCUUGUUUCUGGGCGUCUGGCUCCUCAUCACUGUUCAGAAAACACACGAACUGAAGGUGGAUUACACUAAUGCUGGAACAUGUAAACAAUGCUUCGAGAUGCGGAAGCAUGCCAUCCACACCAGAACGGCCUGCACAUGCUCAGUCAGCUUCUACAUUCCCAAAAACUUUUCGGGCGAUGUAUUCUUUUACUACGGUCUGAGGAACUUUCAUCAGAACCUGCGGAGGUACAUGGACUCCCGCGAUGAUGCACAGAUGGUGGGGAGGAAGAACAACCUGAAGGCACCGAGUUCGUACUGCGCUCCGUUCGAUUACGAUGCAAACAGAGCACUACCCGUUGCCCCAUGUGGUGCUGUGGCCAACAGCAUGUUCAACGAUUCAUUUACAGUGAUUUAUUAUCCAACGAAUGAGCCAGGAGUAGGCCUACCAGUUCCACUCUACAGGAAGGGUAUCGCUUGGUACACAGACAAAAAUGUCAAGUUCCGCAACCCUCCGACCAACAACACAUUCACACUCCGACAAGCCUUUGAAGGCACGAUUCGGCCCUUAUACUGGCAGCGUCCGGUUUAUGAGUUGGAUGACACAGACUCCAACAACAAUGGCUUCAUAAAUGACGACCUGAUUGUUUGGAUGAGAGAGGCGGCCUUCCCUAAUUUCAAAAAGCUUUAUGGGGUUCUCAAUCGUGCUCAAGGGCCUUUCAAUCAAGGCCUACCCAGUGGCAACUACAGCAUCUCUAUAAUUUACAAUUUUCCUGUCGAGCCCUUUCAAGGUCAGAAGGAGCUGGUGAUCUCCAUGGUGACCUGGUUUGGUGGGCAGAAUUACUUCCUGCCCAUAGCGUACCUGGUGACCGGUGGAAUGAUCUUGGUGGCAGCUAUUGUACUCACAAUGGUGUUUGUGAAAGUGGGCAAAGAGGGCAAGAAUAUGGAGGAAUAAGCCAAAGGAAGAAGGAAAUGUACAUCAGAAAAGAAUGACAAACAUUGCCCAUAAAAGUCAUUAUAGGCAUUGGAAGCAAUUAAAGUGUGCAUAUACACUGUACAUAUCAUCCUCUCUAAUUAUGAGGGAAAAAAAUUUGUGGCCAAAACCCAUUUUGUAUGGUUUAAUAAUAAUAUUAAUAGUUUUAUAUACAGUGGCAUUCAAAAACACACAUCGAAAA